CCGCGGGGGGAGGGGCGGCGAGGGUCCCCGCGUCCUGCGGCCGCAGCCCUGGAAUCUGCAGGCUGGAGAGCUGUUGUGCCUCCUCCCGCCUCAAAUUCGGGCUCCUAGCUGGGUGCGAAAGCCAGGCGCGGGCCUGAGGGAGGUGUCUGGGGUCCUCGGUUUGGGGAGGUUGGGAAAGUGAAAGAAACUGGGGACGAGACGUAGGAGGGAUGAAGGGAAAAUCCGGAAAAUUCAGGUCGCUUCUGGUCUCUGCCACUCCUGCAGGGAUACCUGGGGUGCCCAUAUCCAGUUGACCGCAACAGAAAACUGCUGGGGCAGGCCGAGGCGGCGACUCACGUUGCCAUUCCCAAAGAUGUGGGUUAGCCCUGGGACCUCUGGGCUGCACCUGAGCCCUGCCCGUCCCCGCGCUUCCCCCUUCACCUAAAGACCCGACCCAGACUCCAGAGAGAACACUGAUGCUUCGGUGCCCACGGGCUCUGGGAAUGUGAAAGUCGAUAGGCUGCAUGCUCACAAGGAGCCUCUUAGACUAAAAUAAACUGGAGCUGCGGAGGCGGAGCUGAGAGGAGGCAGUCAGAAUGAGGAGCUCUUUGAACCUAGGAGUCCGUACGCGCCUGCAUAGCCACCCAGACCAACCCUGCAGCUCCCUUGCGCUCACAAAGAGCCUGAUUAAACUUGAGUGAAGUGAAACAGAAGUUUCCAAAUCUGCCAAACUGAGGACCAGAAAAGCCCUGGUUUCACAGCAGCCCAAUCAAGAUGCAGCCUGUCCAUUUAGCUUUGCAUCUCUCUUUAAACAUCUUAAAUGGAAACUUUACCUGUGAUUCCAAGCUUGGAGAACAGGGGCAAUAUGAUUAUUUCAAGAGCUUAAUCAUAAGGUCACAGAUGGCCGGAGCCUGUCCCAGCAACUCAGGGCAGAGGCAAUAACCAGCCCUGGACGGGAGCCAUCCCCUCACAGGGCACACCCAGGCACACGGGCACCCUGUAGACCCGCCAGUCCACCUACCCUGCACAGCCUUGGGAUGUGCGAGGAUGCUGGGGCACCCAGAGGAAACCUGCGCAGACACAGGGAGGACACGUAAACGCCACACAGACAGUGGCCACAGCCUGGAAUCGUUUUUUUUUCCCUCAUCAACAGUAUAACAAAAUGGCAUUACCCUGUUAUUCCAGGACCUGCUCUAGGUGAAACCAAUGACUGAGUCAUUCUUGCUGCCACGGAACUCAGGCUGAAGACGCCUUCCACCCGGGCCUGUUUUCAGCCCAGCACAGGCUGUGACCAGCAGGCUCCAAACCUGUGGGAGUCUCGGGGUACCUUCUAACUGGAAUUCUACAGCAGAGCAAUUGACCAACACUCAAACAGGACUAAAAGCCAAAAUCCUCUGGAGAGAACGGAUUCUGUUUUGAGGUACCUUCUUAAGCACAGAGUGAACCUAAAAGAUUCCUACCUAGGAAGCUGAAGUCCUAGUAACAAAGUGGUAGCAAGAAAGAAGGCAUUGUCCUUUCAAAUACAGCCCAAGGGGUGAUUCUCGGGUAUAUAAGAAGCUAACAAACUGGAGAUGUCACCUUCAGAUACAGAAGGAUAGACCUACUGGGAACGGAGGAAAUCUAGCAGAACUUACUUUGCCGUUAAUAGAAUGUGUGGCAGGGACUGUUGCACUGAAGUGUUUCUGCUCGGAGCCCCCCAGUUCCAUCACCUCCAGCCUACAAGGAGCAGGUAGGGACGUGCACUCACUUGUUUGGGGAAAUGAGUGUGAGGGGUCCCCCAAUGGAGUUCCUCUAUAAUCACUGACACCUUGGGGAGGAAGGCAGGGCAAAGAGUGGGGUCUUAUUGACAGAUGAGGACACUGUGGCUCCAGGAAAAGGUGACCUGCCUUCAGGCUUAAGGGCCUAGCCUGCCCCAGCCUACAGGAUUCUGAGAAAUGGGCCCUCAAGCAGGAGGAGGCAAAACUGACUUACUUACAGAGGAAAUAAACCUGAAGGGUAGGAGGAAAGCUUCAGGCCCUCUGGGUCUGGGAGGGCAGAGCUGGCCAGGCUGGGCAGGGCGGGGCUUUCCUUGAAGGUUCGGCUGAUCCCUCCCCCCAGAUCCCCCAUUGGGUCGGUGGCUCCUGCAGCCCUGCCUGUGAGGAGCAAAUGAGGAGAGCUGUUGGUUUUUCCCCCUUGGCCAUUCAGAAUUUUCUCACAUAAAUACUGAGACAGACCCUGCCCUCUCCUCACUUCCCUGGACUUGGCCCUGAGCUGGAGCUGGUCCCCUGGGGGCGGGAGGGCCAUGGGAGACCUGCUCCCGCUCUGGGUGGCCGUGGGCAUAUGCUGUACCGCAUUCAGCGCCUCUGCCUGGUAAGUCCUCGCCCCAGCCCGCCCUCCCCACCAAGGAAGCCCCCCAGUUGUCUCAUCCCCACUCACCUCCGCCUCACUUGCUCUCUCUCUGGUAGGUCAGUGAACAAUUUCCUGAUAACAGGUCCCAAGGCUUAUCUGACCUACACCUCCAGCGUGGCGUUGGGUGCCCAGAGUGGCAUCGAGGAGUGUAAGUUCCAGUUCGCCUGGGAACGCUGGAACUGCCCUGCAAACGCUCUCCAGCUCUCCACCCACAACAGGCUGAGAAGCGCUACCAGAGAAACGUCCUUCAUCCAUGCUAUCACCUCCGCUGGAGUCAUGCACACCAUCACCAAGAACUGCAGUAUGGGCGACUUUGAAAACUGUGGCUGUGAUGAAUCAAAAAAUGGGAAAACAGGAGGCCAUGGCUGGAUCUGGGGAGGCUGCAGCGACAAUGUGGAAUUUGGGGAAAGGAUCUCCAAACUCUUUGUGGACAGUUUGGAGAAGGGGAAGGAUGCCAGAGCCCUGAUGAAUCUUCACAACAACAGGGCCGGCAGGCUGGCAGUGAGAGCCACCAUGAAAAGGACCUGCAAAUGUCACGGCAUCUCGGGGAGCUGCAGCAUCCAGACGUGCUGGCUGCAGCUGGCCGACUUCCGGGAGAUGGGAGACUACCUGAAGGCCAAGUACGACCGGGCGCUAAAGAUUGAGAUGGAUAAGCGGCGGCUGAGAGCUGGGAACAGCGCCGAGGGCCACUGGGCGCCCACGGAGGCCUUCCUUCCUAGCGCGGAGGCUGAGCUGAUCUUUUUGGAAGAAUCGCCGGAUUACUGUACCCGCAAUUCCAGCCUGGGCAUCUACGGCACAGAGGGUCGCGAGUGCCUGCAGAACAGCCACAACACGUCCAGGUGGGAGCAGCACAGCUGUGGGCGCCUGUGCACCGAGUGUGGGCUGCAGGUGGAAGAGAGGAGAACCGAGGCCACCAGCAGCUGUAACUGCAAAUUCCAGUGGUGUUGCACGGUCAAGUGUGAGCAGUGCAGGCACGUGGUGAACAAGUACUACUGCACACGCUCCCCGGCUGGAGCCCUGGGGAAGGGAAGCGCCUGAUAGCACCCCAUGGGAGCCCACCUGAUCAGAUGCAUGUCGGUGGAAGGGGACACAGCUUCUCUUUUGGAGAGAGUAGAUUGGAAAACAACUGGAAAAUCACAGGGUUGGUCUGUAAUCCUCAUAUCUGCUAUCUAUGAGAAAAUGAAGGCCCAAGAUUAUAUAGCAUAUUCUUGGCAGACCUGAAAUUGGAACCUGGGCCUCCUGACUUGGACAGACCCCAUUUAAUCUUUUAUGCAAGUUAGUUUCUGGUCUUUGUUCCUAUACUUAAGCAGCUUGCUAAAAGGGGGGGGGGAUUGGUUUGGGGCUUGCAUCUAGAGGGACCUUCAAAGUAUUUGUUCCUUUAAGUUUCAGACCAUGUCCAACUCAGCUGUGCUACUGGGAAUCAGAGAGAAUAGAAGCAAAACAUGAAAGAAUUCUGUCCAGACACAUGAAGGAGCAACCUUCCCCCAUUCUGUCUAGCUCCAGAAAGACUAACUACAAAUCUAUGCAGA